UGAAUGAUGUCAAACAGCUGUAGGGGUGGGACAGUUUUCGUUUUAGUACCGUAUUGAGAUAGUUUAUAAUUUUAGGCCUAAUAUUAUCAUUUUGCCCUAGAAAGUGUAAGGAUCAGUUGUUGAAGGCUCCAGUUCUUUUUUCGCUGUUUCUGUGCUUUCUGUUUCUGAAGAAUAUGGUUCUCUCAUCGUCCCAACAAGUCGUUUUCGCAUUUACGGCGGUGUUAUUUGCGUUUGUUGUGUUCCCUAGAAUGUUCGGCGUAGGAUCCGGAGCGAAGGAAACAAGAGGUUUUGAUGCACGCUACAACAGAAAAGCUGGUCCUGGGCCAGGUCCGGCUGCAGUUAGGGGGCAGCCGGUCCACAUAAGCUCCGCGGGCGACAUGAACAAAGCUCAGACAGUUGAGAACAUGCAGCAGAUGAAGAUGAUGAUGGAGCAGGAGAUGAAGGGUGACAAAUACAAAACCAACAGCAACAAGGGCUAUGUGUUCACGUUGAUGCCUCUUUACGCCAUCGGGGUUGGCCUUUUUGCAGCUUACAAAUUCCUGAAGAUCAAAUCUGCAGACGACUCUCAAGCCCAAAAGAACGUGGCUACCAAAGGCGCCAAGAAGUCUGAGGAGACAGAAAAUCAGCUCAACGAGCUGGAGCAGAGGCUAGCACAAACAGAGAAGAUGCUCAACUCCAUUCUCACCCAACUUGACCCACUGACAAGUUGUGUCAAGUCAGUGGCCCAGGAGCAGAAGAACGAGAUCAUGUCCCAGCUCCAGUCCAUUCGCCAUCUGAUGAAGAAAAGAGGAAUGGACUGUCCCCCUCUGAACAUUGAAGAGCCGCAGUGCGAGCAGAACCUAGAUGACCUCAUCGAGUCUCUGGCGGCCCGUGAUGACACGCGGCCAGAGGUGGCCACCUGUGCCGCGGGUGGACAAGGUGACGUCGGGAAAGGGGAGGAACCAGAGUUAGGCCACCGCCCACGGCACCGGUCCAAAUCCAAGGACACGUCUGCAGUGACGGGUGACGGAGGGGCACGGCUGCGUCACACUGAGGCGGAGGAGGAGGAGGGUGGCGAUGAAGAUGACAGUGAGCUCAUGCCCUCAUUGGAGGAUUGUGAUGAGACAAACAUUGAGGACAUAGUGGUAGGCGAGAGCUUUCCAGAAGAAAUACCUGCAACUGGUCUCAGACGACGCAACAGACUUGAAUGACAGUCUUUUAAAUGGGUAAUUUAUUGAACACAUUUUUUUUUGGGGGGGGUUGCAGUUGAAUAAGAGAGCACAGUUAUGGAUAUGAAAUGAUUUUGUGUAAGGUUGUCAAAAAAAGGUCCCCCAUGCAAUGCUUACUUAGCAAGGCAAUGUUCCCUACAUAGCAAGGCAAUGUUCCCUACAUAGCAAGGCAAUGUUCCCUACAUAGCAAGGCAAUGUUCCCUACAUAGCAAGGCAAUGUUCCCUACAUAGCAAGGCAAUGUUCCCUACUUAGCAAGGCAAUGUUCCCUACUUAGCAAGGCAAUGUUCCCUACAUAGCAAGGCAAUGUUCCCUACAUAGCAAGGCAAUGUUCCCUACAUAGCAAGGCAAUGUUCCCUACAUAGCACGGCAAUGUUCCCUACAUAGCACGGCAAUGUUCCCUACAUAGCACGGCAAUGUUCCCUACAUAGCACGGCAAUGUUCCCUACAUAGCACGGCAAUGUUCCCUACAUAGCAAGGCAAGGUUCCCUACAUAGCAAGGCAAGGUUCCCUACAUAGCAAGGCAAGGUUCCCUACAUAGCAAGGCAAGGUUCCCUACAUAGCAAGGCAAGGUUCCCUACAUAGCAAGGCAAGGUUCCCUACAUAGCAAGGCAAGGUUCCCUACAUAGCAAGGCAAUGUACCCUACAUAGCAAGGCAAUGUACCCUACAUAGCAAGGCAAUGUACCCUACAUAGCAAGGCAAUGUACCCUACAUAGCAAGGCAAUGUACCCUACAUAGCAAGGCAAUGUACCCUACAUAGCAAGGCAAUGUACCCUACAUAGCAAGGCAAUGUACCCUACAUAGCAAGGCAAUGUACCCUACUUAGCAAGGCAAUGUACCCUACUUAGCAGGGCAAGGUUCCCUCCUUAGCAAGGGUAGGUUCCCUACUUAGCAAGGCAUGUGCAGGGCUAGGGCUGACACCUCACAAAGAAAAUCCCUAAAAGCCUAACUCCAAAAGCCUUUGAGUUGGGUUGAAGAGUUUUCCCUAAACAGGAGGUCGGAGCCCCCCCCCCCCCCCCCCCCCCCCAUUUUUUACUUCAUAGGCACCUUUUAAAUUGUUUUUUUAUGUGAUUGCUGCUCAGAAGCCCAUUAGGUUGCCAUCUUUUACACUCGUGUCCCUGAAAUUCCAACAGCAUGACUCUGUGUGUUGUUGCUAUGCAAUCCUGCAACUGGAAUCUGUGUGGCACAAAAUAGUUCAGAUAAUUAUGUCAAACAUAGUAAAUUAUAAAUAUCUACAUUUAGAUUUUUUGCACUAAGCUUGUGAACUUGGUCCUGUGUGUUUUGUGUAUCUUAUGCAUGUUUUUAUCUCUGCGACAAAAGAGUUUCGGGGUUACACGUUUUUAGUUUUUACCGGGAGAUGACAGUCAUUAACGUAUCGAUUACUUAGACGUGGUCUAAUUCAUUGGCAUUCCGAUAAUCAUGGUCCCUUUUUGUAGUUCAGAUUUAGCUCUGUGUUUUAGACAACGCGACUUUGUUUUCGAUUUGAUUGUACAUUGUCUUUGUUACCUUUUUUUAAUGCAAGUCUGUUAUGCGAUGAUCUGCCUUUGGUUGUGGUUGAUCGAGCAGUUAGCCUUUGGUUAGCACCAAUCCAGUGAAACUACAGUGACACCACAGGAUGUUCAUGCGCCAUAUCUCACCUGUGUGGAAAUAGAGCUGUAGCAGUCAACCAGUGGUAUCACCUGCUCAUUACAUGGUGCACUAGUUUUGACCGGAGUCCACAGGACUAGUGAGAAGUAGACGCUGGUGCCAUUUACAAUUUAUUUCCUUUUUUUUUUUUUUGCCUUUUUUCUUCUGUGUUAUCAGGGUUGGGGACACAACUGAAUUAGAAAUUCAUGGAUUAAGUUGAUUUAAAUGUAAUUUUUGUUUUACAAGUUGUGGAGUUUUGGAAUUGAAUUAAUGAAACUAUGUAUUGGAAUUUCAUUUCAAUGUGAAAUAUUUAGUUUUUCUCAUUUAAUUUCUAUUUAAUAUAGUUAGACUUGUAUUUUUAUUUUUACUCAUUUGCAAUUCCAUAUUUUCUAGAUGAUGGAAUUAAUGCAGAAAUCUGUCCAGAGAAAAGAGACUGUCUAAAGAAUUACAAAAUUAGCCUGAAUUGAAUCAAUGAAAGACUUUUCAUUUUAUUGAAUUUGUGAAAUCAACCCCAACCCUGCUUGUGAUGAUUAUAACAUAUAGAAACACUGCAAUGUUGGUCUGUUUGGUUAUUUGUGGUAUUUUAUUUAUUGUGUGUAGCUAUGCCCUGGAAUAUGCAUCUGAGGACAUUUGAAAUACAGUAGCAAAUGCUAUGCCUUACCAGAAAAUGUACUUGUAAUGUGGCUACUGCUUUUUUGUGAGAAUUCACUUUUUCAUGAUUUUGUUGGAUUACUUGAUUUGCAGUAUAUCAGUCUGCCCUCUGUCAUACUUGUGGUCGUAAAGUUAAGUACAUCACGAAGGCACUAUAUACUGUAAUAUAUAAGAAUAAAGUGGACAGCCCAGUG